GUUGACACGACAAGCUAAGCUAAUUAUCAAGAUGGAAGGUGCCCGCACGUGGAUACAAGAUCCCGAUAAUCUCCAAGACGAGCCGAAGUCGUUCACGUUUGAUCACAGCUACUGGUCAUUUGAUGGAUACCGCGAACUGGAGAAUGGAUAUCUGGAACCCACCAGUCCACAAUAUGCAGAUCAGAAAAAGGUGUUUGAUGAUUUGGGCAGGAGUGUACUGACCAACGCAUGGCUCGGCUAUAACUGUUCACUCUUUGCAUAUGGCCAAACAGGAAGUGGGAAAUCGUACUCAGUGGUUGGUUAUGGUCCAAAUAAAGGAAUAGUUCCCAUGUUUUGUGAGCAGCUCUUUGAUGAAAUCAACCAGAAAGUGAGCUUAAAUGCACAAGAAACAGAAUACCAGGUGUCCUUCAGUAUGCUGGAAAUAUACAAUGAAAAGGUGCGAGACUUGCUCAACCCAAAAGGAAGCAAGAGCAGCGGUCUCAAAGUGCGGCAACAUCCUAAAACUGGCUUUUACAUUCCUGAGCUAUUGAUUGUUCCCGUUGACAGUUUUAAGGACAUAUCUAAUCGUAUGAAUGAAGGGACACAGAACAGGACUGUUGCAUCGACAAACAUGAACAAGACGAGCAGUCGAGCGCACACUGUUGUGACACUGAAGUUUACUCAGAAGGGCAAGAGUGCUAGUGGUGCCAACACAACGAAGACGUCGAAUGUCAACCUUGUUGAUCUUGCUGGAAGUGAGAGAGCAGACAGCACGGGAGCGACUGGUGAGAGAUUAAAAGAAGGAGCCGCAAUCAAUCAGUCACUCUCAGCGCUGGGUAACGUAAUUGCUGCUUUGGCGGAUAACAAGAGUGGAACUAUUGUUCCGUACAGAGACUCUGUUCUUACCAAACUGCUGAAGAAUGCUCUGGGUGGAAACAGCAAAACAAUAAUGGUUGCUGCUCUCAGUCCUGCUGACAUAAAUUACGAGGAGACGUUAUCCACUCUACGCUAUGCUGACAGAGCAAAGCAAAUCAAAACCAAAGCAGUAGUAAACGAAUCUCCUACUGAGAAACUAAUUCGAGAACUACGUGAAGAAAAUGAUAAGCUUUUGUUAUUACUAAAACAAGGAGGAAGUACACUUACAGAAUUGACUGCUACUGGCACUGAAGAUGAUGGUGACGCUGAAGAACUAAGAGCUCAGCUUGAAGAGAAUGAAAAACAAAUGAAUGAAAUGAAGCAGAACUGGGAACAGAAGCUUAAGGACGCACACGAUGCUCUCCAGGAACGUGACAAUGAGGAAGAGCGGAAAAAGCAAGAACUUGCAACAGUUCCACAUUUUUACAAUCUUAACGUUGACCCUCAACUGACAAGAAUGAUAGUACACACUCUAAAACAAGGUCACUCUACUGUUGGUAGCAAGGGGAAAGAUUCUAAGCCUGACAUUCUGCUGAUUGGCUUGAACAUACUCCAGCAGCAUGCUGAGAUUGUUAACAUAGAUGGGUCUGUCAGUCUUACACCAAAUGAUGGAGCAGCUGUUAGGAUCAACGGUGAACUGGUGACAAGUAAAAUUUCUAUCCAUCAUAAUGACAGGAUACUCUUUGGAUCAAAUCACUUAUAUGUAUUCCAACACCCUGCUGAACAUCAAUCAGCAAAACAAAACGGUAUUCCUAUACAAGAAGUAUCUUAUGAUGAAGCUCAAGAGGAAAUUGCUCGGUGCUCUGGCAUUGAUGUCAAUAGUGGAAAUUCGGGUGACCAGAAAGCUGACCAGUUGUUGAAGGAAGAAUUGACGGAGAUGAUACCAAUGGUUAAUGAAGCCAAUGCAAUCAGUGAAGAGCUGGAUCGUAGAGUUCAGUUUGAAAUUGCUAUUUUGCCUGCUAUUGCCCUUGGACGUGAUUCUGACCACUCAGAAGUAUGGGUGCGGAUGAACAGUUUGGUCAACGAUCAAUCUUGGCUGUGGCCUCGUAACAAGUUUAUCAAUCGCAAAUACCUCAUGUCAGAAAUGUAUGAAAACUACGUGGAUGGAGAAAACUGGAAGCUUCCAGAUGAACGAGACCCAUUUACUGAAAAUCCAGAUACAGAAAUCUUAAUUGGUAGUACUACUGUCUAUUUGCAGAAUCUUGCGUAUUUGGUUGAUUUGCGAAAUCAAUAUGAGCUGCUGGACUACUGUGGCAACAAGACGGGAGUUAUAAAUGUUGACUUAGUCCCUUGUCGAGCUGAUGGUACUGAAAUAUCUGAUGAAGAUAAUGAUGAUGAUCUGUUUGUGGACAACCCUAGUGAACUCAUUGGUCGGUCUGUGAGUUUCUAUGUCAAAAUCCCCAACUGCCGAGGCCUGCCUCGUAGCAUAUACAAAGAAGUGUGGUGUCGUUAUAUAUUUUACGUUGACAACGAUCCCACUGAAACGAACCACAUUGAGGGUACCUCUAAUCCGGAUUUUAAUCAUGCAAGACUUAUUGUUGUGCCUGCUGCAACCAAACAAUUUGUGAACUAUGUGACAAAUCAGUACGUUCGUUUUGAAGUGUGGGGUAAGUAUGACGAGGCAAACGUUAGCAAGGCUACUCACAAUGGCACAACCCGUGAACUUAUAAAGUCUAAGAAGCAGCAAUCGGGUGUACCUGCUGGCAAAAAUUUACCAAAAGUUGCUCUUGAUAUGUGGAGAAAGAGAGGAGAACAGGAAGGAAACAGAAAGGAUCUUCAGCAACGAACUAUUCGACGCAAAACUGACUGCCUAGAGAAAAAGAUGGCUCUGAUAGUCCAGCUGCUUGAUAAAGCUGAGCAGCAGAACAAGAAGACUGUGAAGAUUGCUGACAUUCGUCAGAUUUUGAGUGGUUCUUGUCCAUCAGGACGAUCUUCAGGUACAGUCGUUUCGCCGUCAACUGUAUCUGUGAAAGCCGUGCAUGUUUCAACACAAACAUCCAAAUCAAAUGCCACCAAAGGGCCACGCUCACGAGUCUCAUCUUCAGACUCGAACAACAGCAAAUCAUCUGAUGAUAAAAGUCGUACGUGCAGCUUGGUGUAAUGAUUCAAUUAACAAGAGAAAAUCGGCAGGAAAUGUUAGAGAAAUAUUUAUGUGAGAUUUAUUUUAAUAGACAUCGAUGCACAUAUCAAACUAUGCACUCCACAUGUAACUGAUGUGGUCAAUUAUGAAGUUGAGCACAAAAAUUGAUUUAGUGGUUGUCAAAUGUGUCUAAAUUUAUCAAUAUGUAAUGCAGGCAUAAUAGACCAAGAUUUCUGAGAACUGUUGUCACUUCAAGGUAUAAUACUAAGAGUUGAUA